GCUUUGUUUGCACGGUGCGUUGUGGGAGAGGCAGUCAAGGCCCGCACCUCGCAUUCGCACUCUGUUCGUGCUGUUGCGUUUACGUUGCGAUUCGGUGGUGGAGCGGUCGAGAGCUGCAAGAAGAAGCAGAGGCCGCGAAGGGCGAGGCAGGAAGAAAUCACACUGGUUCAUAUUCUAGACCCUGAGAAUUGGUUUGUGCGUGAGGAGGGGUGGCGUCGAGAAGAAUUCGCCGAUUGUCUAUGAGGGGCGCAGGGCUCGGUGCCUGGGCUGGAGACCUGUGUUCUUGGUGAUUGAAGGUUGUCCGCUUCGUGAUCGCCUUAACAGAUUUGAUCUUCAAGUGAUGGAGAAGGGGCGCCGGUGAAACAUCUGCCUCGACAUUUGAUCUACACAAAUUCACUGAGGGAAGAAAUGGCAUGGUGUUGUUGCUGCGAGGAUAGAAACAUUGAAAAGCUUUCCAAUGACCAAUCUGGCUACCACCACCCCAAUCAAAACAUGCAUGGAGGUGGACAAGGAGCACCUAAACCCUCUGAGAACCAGCCUCCUAAGCCAGGUGGUCAGACACCCAAACUCCAACCCAUCUCGGCACCUUCAAUCACCAUUGAGGAACUAAGGGAAGCAACGGACAAUUUUGGCCCGAAGGCACUGAUUGGAGAAGGAUCGUAUGGAAGGGUGUACUAUGCUAACUUGCAGGAUGGUCGUGCUGCCGCCAUCAAGAAAUUGGAUGCCAGUACUCAGCCUGACCAGGAAUUUCUCACACAGGUUUCUAUGGUAUCCAGGCUUAAAAACGAAAACGUCGUAGAGCUUAUUGGAUACUGUCUGGACAAUACCCAACGAGUGUUGGCCUACGAAUUUGCGACUAUGGGUUCACUUCACGAUAUAUUACACGGAAGGAAAGGUGUGAAAGGUGCCCAGCCCGGACCUGUGCUGGACUGGAUGCAACGCGUGAAAAUCGCGGUUGGAUCUGCAAGAGGCUUGGAGUAUCUUCAUGAGAAGGCUCAGCCAGCAAUCAUUCACAGAGACAUCAAGUCCAGUAAUGUCCUGUUGUUCGACGAUUACACUGCAAAGAUUGCCGAUUUCAAUCUUUCAAACCAAGCGCCGGACAUGGCAGCUCGUCUCCACUCUACACGUGUUCUUGGAACAUUCGGAUAUCAUGCACCCGAGUACGCCAUGACUGGGCAAUUGACACAAAAAAGUGAUGUUUACAGUUUUGGAGUGGUUCUAUUGGAACUGCUUACUGGUAGAAAGCCAGUCGACCAUACCAUGCCCCGGGGACAGCAAAGUCUUGUCACUUGGGCAACUCCAAGGCUGAGUGAAGAUAAAGUUAAACAGUGCGUGGAUCCCAAGUUGAAGGGGGAAUAUCCUCCCAAGGCUGUCGCGAAGAUGGCGGCGGUUGCUGCGCUUUGUGUGCAAUAUGAAGCGGAUUUCCGUCCGAACAUGAGCAUUGUCGUGAAAGCUCUCCAACCUCUUCUGACAACUCGGACUGCUGCACCUGUCCAAGGAUCACCCACACGGGAUUGAUCCUAUUCUGAUUAGAGCUGGAUAUUGUGUAAGUUUAGAACUGUUUGUUGUGGUUGAUAUCUAUCAAAGCUGUGGCACAAGGGUGUCUCCAAAUAGAGUCACAAACCGGCAUGUUGCCUAUUCUGAUCGUGCCCUUUUUGUUGGCCACAAAUGACAUACUAUUUUGGUAAGUGAUAGAGAAACCUCAUGACAUGGAUAGAAGUGUCAUAAGCCUGCAGUUUGGAGCAUAUUAGUAGGUGCUCCCACAAAGGCACGGGAUCCCAAAUUCGUGCAGGAGGAUUGUAUAGACUCCUGCAUGCGGGAGACUGAUCUUCAUGUUGCUGCCCAAGGAGCCCGCUGGAAGAUGACGUAUGUGAGGAGCAAGAGUAAAAAUUGGGUGUCACAGGAGUCAUUUGGGGAGUGUACAGAUAUAGGAAUUCUAAUGGCCUCAUGUGGGUAUUUUUUUAACUUCAUCUAUUUGUUAUAUUGGCACUGUUUAUGCUGCAUUCAGUGGCAGUGCGGAAAAGUCAGACCACUUCGGCUUGUUUGUAGUUAUACGGUAUGCUGUUUAAAAAAAACUGUUAAAUCGGAUGGUAAUUUUGACGGACAGUCAAUGCACUCAAAACUCUUGGGUCUGAACAGCAUCAGGAGUGAAGACAUGAAUGCUUCUUCAAGUCCAGUCUCGCGUGAUAGGUCAGGAAAGGGCCUGUUAGCAGAAUCUUUCAAUUUUCUUUGAGAUUUCCUUUCGUCCAGUGAUCAAUUGGAUGAGUUGAUGGGGUUGUCCCUAGUGUGUAGAUAAUGGUUCUGGUUGUACGCAACCAUUUAUUCUCAGCACGUUGCUGAGCUGCUCUCUUGACUCCAUUUGGUUUGUGAGCAGGCUGCUUAUGAGAAUGGAUUUUGG